AUGUUCCACAGUGUUCCCGCUUCCAACUCGCGAUCCACCCCACAUUAUUUGAGACCGCCUCCUUACGGCCUAUUUCCAUCCGGACCGCCCAGCAACAUUGGAAAGCCCAGAGCCGCUUCAAAUCCGGAACGCCAAGCAACCUCGGAAAGCCCAUUUCGUGCACGUAGGCCCGACUCCAGCACACGGUCCACCAUCAACGAGAUCCGCCUCCAUCACUUGGGCCCACCUCCCAGCAACCUCGGAAAGCCCACUUCUUGUGCGCAGGCCCGACUCCAGCUCGCGGUCCACCAUCAGCGAGAUCCGCCUCCAUCACUUAGGCCCUCAACGCGCCCCGGCUAUCGUUCAAAGCCCGCCAGUUCGGCCCAUUGCUCGCAUCAGACGCACACCUUAUCAAAAAAUAAGACAGCCGCCUCCGCCCACCUUCGAACCGCCGACCUUCCUUUGACAUGGAAGGACACCUACCAGUAUACUACAAGAAGAUAUUUGUUAACAUCUUGCGACGCCAGAGAUUUAUCCAUCGACCUGCUGCUUCCUCUACUAUCAUUUCUCAAGAUAAGUAAUUUCUUCAAGAAUAUAUCUUCAAUUCAACGCCAUGAAGAGGCAUCACCACCAUUCUAG